AUGGUGACCGACAUAAUCGGAUUCGCUGCACAAAAUUACGACAAGACGAAGCCCCUGGCAUCGCCGCAAGAUUACGGCAUCAAGUACGCGCCCGACGAGGACUUUGGCGGCGCGCAGCUCACUGUCGUGGCGCCCACCGGCGACGCUCUGUCUGUCACGUCCGGGCUCAACGGAAUGUUCGGGAGUGGCUUCGAGUCCUCGUCCGGACUGCUGCUGAAUAAUUACAUGGACGCAUUCGCCAAGCCUGGAAAGCAGUUCAACCUUGACCCAUCGCCGGCGAACCAGUUGGGUCCCGGCAAGAGGCCCAUGACGUCCAUGGUCCCCACCAUCAUCACUAAGUUCUCCACACCUUCCGAGCUGGUGGGCGCUUUCGGCGGCAGCGGAGGCCUCCCGGCCAUCUCUGCAGUGGCGCAGCUUAUAACCUGCGUUCGCAAGUACACGCUGCCUCACUGCGUGUGGAACGAUACGCGUGUGCAGCCCACCUUUCGUUCUACUACGCCCAACUCGGUGUUUGCGGAGCCCAAGACCGAGCACUUCGACCCGGUAUCCCUUCUGCGCAAGUUGGGCGACAGCGUUACAGAGAAGACCAUCAUGUCUGCAGCCACGGGCAUCAUCGUCACAAAGAGUGGAUCUCUUCUGGCACCCAACGACACGAAGCAUGUUGAUGGCAGCCGCUCGGGAGCAUGAGCAAAAUAAAAUCACUCCUACGACGACGGAA